AUGGAUUUUCCAACUAAGAAGUAUGAACGCGGGAGCAACUGGUCUGAGCCCGAGGUGGUGGAGCUUUUACAGCUCUGGUCAGAUGAAGCGGUCCAACUGGAGCUGGAGAGCUGCCUCCGCAACCAGCACGUUUUUAACCGCAUAGCCGUUGCGCUACAUGACCGAGGCAUCUACCGUACCGCGGACCAGUGCCGGGAGAAAAUCAAGAAACUGAAGCUCGACUACCGGCGCAUGAAGGAGAAUCAACAGACGCCGCGCGGCGCGAGAGCGCGCAGGUUUUACGACGUGAUAGAUCGCGUGCUGAGCAACCGUCCCGCCGCCUCUUCCUCCUCCUCCUCGUCGUACACCGCUCUGUGGGGGAAUGCUGGCGUGCACCACCAGGCGGGCCCGGGCUCCUCCAGCUCCGCCUUCACAUUCAGUUGUCCGCCCAAAGCGGGCGAGCUCAUGGAGAUAAAGCUAGAGGAGCUGAACGCGGACGGUGAGGAGGAGCUGCUGAGUGCCGAGGAUCCGCUCUACUCGGAGGAAGAGGCGGAGGCGGACUGUAAAUCAGCAGGAGCGGACACAGAGGAUCCCGGAGAGCGGGGAGGGGAGUGUGCAGCUCACGCCGGCUGGUCUCCUUCAGGUUUUAGUGACCAUAACCUGGCUGGCUCAUCCGGUGCAGGUGUUUCUCCAGUAGCAGUUCCUGUGGCCAGUAUAGAUAGAUGCACCCAGGCUGACCUGAAAGAUCCUAAAUAUUCCAGCAGGUUCCGUCAGAGGAAGCGGCGUUGGGCAGUACGAGCAGGCAGUGGUGGGAGGUUGCUAGAGAAAGCGUUGACGAGUUUCAUAAACUGGCAGCGAGUCAUGGAGGAGAGAUACGUGUCUCUGGAGGAAAUGCGGCUGCAUCAGGAGGCACGGGCUGAGAGGCAGAGGGAGCAUCAGGAAGAGAGACGGGUUCAGCAGGAAAUGGAGCAUGAGUUACGUCUCGUUUCCUUACUCACUGGGGCUUUCAGUGCAGCCAGUGGGACAGGAGAGCAGGGAAGCAGCAACACCGAAAUCUCUGACCCCAGUGCAACAGUAUCAGAGCUGAGGCUGCUGUCUAUACCUCCUUCUUUUCCACCAGACCCCGCCACUCUCACCAGUGUACCCAGAAUGCUGCAGGAAGAUCACACUGUUGAUCAGGGAAGGAGCAACACCAUGAUCCUUGAUUCUAAUGCAAUUGUGUCAGUUCCUCCCCAGUCCCCAUUUGUACCCAGAAUGCUGAAGGUUAACCAAAGAGCUGAUGAUGGAAACACCAACACCACAACCUCUGACUGCAGUACAAUAGCAUCUGAUUUAGCAACUUUCAAUGUGCCUCUCAGUUCUUCAGGUCCAGGUCCUGGCCCUUCCACACUCCCCUUUGUAUCCACCAUGCUACGGGGUGAUCAGAUACCCCAGGACAGCAGUUUUUUGUCCCGCAGGGGUAAUCGGAUCCGGCAGCACCAGGGAAUUCUUCAGGAAGGCUUCACACAGUACAUUGCCAACAAGCAUGAUGAGAACAGUAACCCUGAUGGCAUUAUAAAUUUGGGAACAAGCGAGAACAAGCUAUGCUUUGACCUUCUGCAGAAACGACUGACACAGCCUGACAUGCUCUAUGUGGAUUCUUGCCUGUUGCAGUACCCAGACUGGAAGGGCCAUCGCUUCUUAAGAGAGGAAGUAGCAAAGUUCCUGUCAGAACACUGUCAUGCUCCAAGGCCUCUAAGAGCCGACAAUGUGGUUGUGAUAAAUGGCUGUAGCUCUCUGUUUUCUGCUAUAGCAGCUGUGCUUUGCGAUCCUGACGAUUCAAUCCUCAUCCCAACCCCUUUUUAUGGUGUGAUCACAGAAGAUAUUGAUUUGUACAGCAGUGUGAAGCUCUACUGUGUUCCUCUUGACAGUGAGCCCAGCCAAAAUGAUGACAGACCGUUUCACCUCACUGCUGAAAAACUGGAGCAUGCUCUCCAGAAAGCAAAGAAAGAGGGAGUGAAUAUAAAAGCUAUGAUCCUCCUGAACCCCCACAAUCCUUUAGGGGAGAUCUACACCUCUGAAGAGAUGAUCAGCUUUCUAAACGUUGCCAAGAGGCAUGAGCUGCAUGCUAUUGUGGAUGAGAUCUACAUGCUGUCUGUGUUUGAUGGCUCCUUUAACAGUGUCCUCAGUCUACAAAGGUUACCAGACCCUCAGAGGACUCAUGUGAUGUGGGGCAUUAGCAAGGAUUUUGCCAUGGCUGGCGUGCGUGUGGGUACAGUAUACUCUGAGAACAGUGAUGUAAUUGAGGCCCUUGAUCAGCUGGGCACUUUUCAUGGAGUAUCAGGACCAACACAGCACCAGGUGACUCAGCUGCUGAAGGAUCGAGGUUGGAUGAAUGAGGUGUUUCUCCCUGAGAAUAGACGCAGGCUUCAGGAGGCCCACCAGUACAUUUCCACUCAGCUAACAAGGUCCAGCAUUCCCUACCUCCACAGGGGCGCAGGCUUCUAUAUCUGGGCUGACUUCAGCAAGUAUCUAAAGGAGCGCACAUUUGCAGAGGAGUUGCGUGUAUGGAAGUGUUUUCUGAAACACCGGGUGUUGCUGAGCUGCGGUCAGGCCUUUAGCUGCUCUUCACCAGGAUGGUUCCGUAUCGUCUUCUCUGACCAGCGCCACCGCCUCCAACUUGGCCUAGAAAGGAUCAGAGAGACUAUAGAAGAACUUCAGUGCUCCAGCAUGCGGACUCAUUGUGAGAAUACAAAAGCAGACAAACAAGAGGACGACAGACAAACACAGAGGAAUAGAAAGACAACAACAGAGGACAAAAACAACAAAGACGGUUCCAAAGACACAACAAACGAGGCCUUCAAUACAACAACAAAAGUGCAUUUAGAAAGUAAUGGUGCCGAGGCUGAAAGCUUGCUGUUGGCUGAUGAGGACAUUCAGGUUAACAACGACCAAAUGUUUGCUAACUCAGAAAGUCUGGAUUCACUAAUAGGAGCACUCAGACAGCAGAUCCACUCCUCUGAUUGGCUAGAGAAGAACAGGCCGAAACUGGCUGAUGGAGAAGACCCAACACAAGCUGAAGUGUUUAAAGAUCUCUUGGACAGAGCCAGGAUGUAACAGUGUUAAAGACUGCGUCAUUCUCAGUCCAAAGGCAAGCAUGUUUUUGUUUGUUUUUUUCACUUUUUUUUUAUGUAAGUAAGAGUUUAUAAGGGUGUUAACAGAUUAAGUUUCCAUGGAGUUAUGGGUUGUCAAACUGUUUUCAUUACAAAGUUGUUCUGUUUUCUUUUCCUGCAUAUGCAUCUCAAAUGCCUUGUUUUAAAGCACAGGUCUCUUAGAGGCUAGGGUCUUCCAAAUGUCAGUGAAAAGACUUGAAAAGGUGAUUUGCAGACUUUAAAGAAAAAAGAAAAACUCUACCCUGAAACUCUUUACAUACUGCUGAUCUGUUUGAGCAGAGUGUACAGAUGAGGAGCUGAGAGAGGUGGACAGAUUAAAGGAUUAAAAUACCGCUGCAUCACUCCCUUUAGGUAGAGAUGAAUCAAUAGCUACAUCUCACUGGUACUACUAUCAGCAAGUAUUACCCCAAACAGCAAUGUGGGUAAUGUAGAAAAGUAGAUGAAAGAAGUUUAAGCUAGAAAGUCAGAAUUUCAUUACAAAAUAAAUCUUGGACAUUGGACAUGUAUAUAAAGAUUAUAUAAAGUUGUUCAGGGUGGAUUUUUCCUUUUUUGUUCGAUUUUGCUCUUUUGUUAGAUCUAAAGGCUUUCUUUGCAGCUUAUUUUUGUUAAUAUUAUGAUCAAUAUAAAC